UGUCACUAAAAGCUUGGGCGUUUUGCCACCCAUGGCGCCACUGUUACUAACCUAUACUUUCGCGCGCUUUUACCAUAUUCCUGUAUGCAAUAAAUAUUUAUUUAGAGGUUGUUGUAUGUGGAUACAAUGAAGUCACCUCUUAGAAUAUCCGAAUGGACUCCUGUUCACGUUAUUGCAAACAAAGCUGAGUGUAAUAUAAUUUUGGAAAAUACGGAUGCGUUAAAGGAAAUCCCUUUAAUAAACAAUGCACCCUUAGAUAACUUUACAGAUCGACAAUUGGUUCGGUUUAGAGGAAUGGUUCAGGACAUGCGUAAUCCUGAAUAUUAUUUUCAACAAUAUGAAGUAAAAAAUAUUGAAACAGAAGUUCUUGAAGUUAGAUGUGGCAUGUACACAGACACUGUCCAAUGCCUGCCACACGAAGAGAUCCUAUUAGACUCUGAUAAAACUCAGAAUAUGGAAAGACAUACUUGUGUUGUUAUAUCAACACCUGGUCUAAAUGAUUGGGCAAAGGAAAAGUAUAAACAUUCUUACUGUCAAAGUACAAAGGCAGCCAGCACUCAUAAAAGAAAUCUAGAUGAUAACAACUGCGAAAGCAUGGAUUGCUCUGAAUCAAUUCGAAAAAGGGAAAAACUUUUGUCGAAUGAAGAUAGCAACGAAAUGGAUACUACUGAACAAGAUACUAAGCAGCAAAAUAUAUUUUCAAAGGAAUACAUAUUGAACUUUCCAAUUCCUAUGGAUGACGGUAAAGCUUGCAUCGUGAAGAUAUACGAGGAUACAGCUUUAAAAUUAAACGAAGUUAUCGAAAUAAUAGGUUUUAUUUCUUUGGAUCCUCUUCUAAGUACUAUUCACGAUGUCGACGAGACUAUGACGGAAGCUGAAAUGAGCAUUCAGCAUCCACCUGUUUCUCUCAUUCCUCGGUUACAUGCUGUAAAAGUAAUUCAUCUAUCUAAACAGGAAAUUGAAAAUGCUCCAGAAAUAAUGUCUAAAGCACAAUUGAUAAGAAGCGAUCUUCAUCUAGUAUUAAGUCAGCUUCUCUUUGGAGACCACCUAGCUGCCGACUAUUUAAUUAGUCAUUUACUCUCUACAAUCUAUUUGAGGAAAGAUUGUUUAUGUCUUGGUACUUACCCAUUAAACAUCACACAUUUUCCUUUUACCAAAUACAAUACAUUUACGAAAGAUUUGUAUUCAUUUUUAUCACUAUUUAUUGAAAAAAGUCAUUUACUAGAAGUAACUUUGGAAAAUUUAAACGACUUCACUCUAUCCCCAAAGAAAGACUACGACUGCAAUAGACUAACGAGCGGCAUGCUUCAACUUAGCGACAAUACUCAUCUAGUAAUAGACGAGACAGGAUUAACCACUGGUCAAGUUUCGCAAGCCGGGCGAGAAAAUUAUAGUACAAUUUGCGAUUUAAUUAAUUUUCAGAAAGUGACGUAUGACUUCAAAUUUUAUAAAAUGGAGUACGACACGGACAUCCCGGUUUUAAUAUUAUCAGAAACGAAGUCGUUCAUUCCUUGUCAGACUCAAGUCGCUUUGAAGAUAGACGCAGAGUCGGAAAAUCUUUAUCCCCGAGUAUUGGAAAUCGCGAAACAAUAUUUAAAAGAUGGAAACCGAUUAACAAAUAUUCGUCAGUAUUUAAAACAUGUAAAAAAUGUGAAGUUUGAAUUUAACGAAGAUAUCGUAAAUGAAAUACAAAGUGAUUUCGUAAAAAUGAGGCAGACAAAUAAAAAUGUAAAUGUCGAUCAUUUACACGGAUUAAUGAUCCUGGCUAGAUUAUUAUCGUUGUCGAAUGGAUUAAACACAUUAUCUACGGAGUACUGGAAAAAAGCUGUUGAGAUGGAAGCACAAAGAUUGAAUAGAUUACCAGAGAAGAAAUAAAUAUAUGUUAAAUAUACUCUUUUAUUAUAUUUUUAUACAUUUGUA